CUCAAUCAACAAGCAGCCGCAAAAGAACAUUCUUGCUGUAGCCGCAGAGCUAAAGCUUUAAUUUGAUCGUAUAGCUGGUUAAGGUUCCAUGGCGACGAUCAGUCCUUUGCUACUUCCUCUCGCCCUCCUGGCUCUUCUAGCAGCUAGCUCUGCAGCAGUGGCUCAGCUGGAGAUCGGCUUCUACAGCAAGACAUGCCCGCAAGUCGAGGAGAUCGUCCGGGAGGAGAUGGUCAAGAUCAUCGCCGCCGCGCCCAGUCUCGCCGGCCCGCUCCUCCGGCUCCAUUUCCACGACUGCUUUGUCAAUGGCUGUGACGCCUCUGUCCUGCUCGAGUCUACCGAGGGCAACGUGGCGGAGAAGGACGCCAAGCCGAACAAGAGCCUGCGUGGGUUCGGCUCAGUGGAGCGCGUGAAGGCCAAGCUCGAGGCCGCCUGCCCAGGCGUCGUCUCCUGCGCCGACGUCCUCACCCUCAUGUCCCGCGACGCCGUCGUGCUCGCCAAGGGUCCCAACUGGCCGGUGGCGCUAGGCAGGCGAGACGGCAAGGCGUCCAGCGCCACGGAGGCCAGCCACGAGCUUCCCCCAGCCUACGGCGACAUCCCUCUGCUUGUCAAGAUCUUCGCCUCCAAAGGGCUCAACCUCAAGGACCUCGUCGUCCUCUCCGGUGCCCACACCCUCGGCACGGCGCACUGCCCGUCCUAUGCCGACCGCCUCUACAACGCCACCGGCACGGACGUCGAUCCGUCCCUGGACAGCGAGUACGCCGACAAGCUGAGGCUCAAGUGCAAGAGCCUCGACGACCAGAGCAUGCUGUCGGAGAUGGACCCCGGGAGCUACAAAACCUUCGACAGCAGCUACUACGGCCACGUCGCGAAGCGGAGGGGCCUCUUCCGCUCCGACGCGGCGCUUCUCACCGACGACACCACCAGGGACUAUGUUCAGCGCGUCGCCACAGGGAAGUUCGACGCCGAGUUCUUCAAGGACUUCAGCGAGUCCAUGAUCAAGAUGGGCAACGUCGGCGUGCUCACAGGGGCCGAAGGAGAGAUCAGGAAGAAGUGCCACGUCCUCAACUAGCGCUUUGCUUGAUUUUUUAACUGCUCGAGAUUGUGCAUGUUCCUUAUUCAUUGUAGUGCGUGAUUAAUCCUUCAUUCCUUCUAAGUAAUUAAUAUAUGGAGUAAAUCAUUACUUU